UAUGCUUGGAUUAAUUAGGCGAAAGACUUGUGAGAGUGAUGUGUCUGAAUUUGAGAAGAGUAUCCGUAAGGAAGCUCUACAAAGGGCUGCUUUAUUCAUGUCAAAGUAUUUGGACGUAAAUGGAAAACUUGUUAAUAGUCUAGUAUCCGAAUCAGUAUUGAAUAGUGUGCAAGCCCGUUAUCUAAUCAAUAAGGAAAAAUCGUUGUUCGAUCGAGCUAAUAGUCUUGUUCAAAUUAUUCUCACUGUCCCUGAACGAUUGAACGAAUUUAUGCACUGUUUGAAAGACGAUGAACAAGGACAUAUUGUACAAUAUAUCAUCUCUAUAUCUACACCAAGAACAAGAAGAGUUAAUCACGAAGAUUUCACCUAUGUAGAACACAAUCGUAACGCUCUACAGAAGACGCAAACUGCUUUUCUUUCACAGAUUCAAGACAAUCAAUUAUACAAAUCCAAAGUUGACAGCCUUUAUGCAAUUCUACUACGACGAUGCCAUAAGCUGGAAGAAUUUAUUAGAUGUAUAAAAGUGGAAAAUGAAUCAUUUGCCCAGUCUUUAUCUCAGGUUCAGAACGAUACUUUCAAUUCAGCGACAAAUUUCUAUCUUCCGGAAAAUUAUGAAUUACUUGUUAUUAAGAAUAAGAGAACUAUAAUAAAAAACUCAAAAAAUCUAUUCUACCAUCUGGACGUUAAUAGAUUCCUUUUAAAUAACAUUUUACAUAAAGGACUCGUAUCUAGAGAAGAUGUUGAAUAUAUACUUACUAGAGGGCUUUUCUAUCGAGCAAUUGAAUUGUAUAAAAUAAUGAAAAAAGAAAGUAGUGAUUUGAGUGGAUUUAUUGAUUGUUUUAACGUCGAUUAUCAACAUCAUAUUUCAACUAUUCUGCUGAAUAAUCAUUGUGAAAGUAAAGAAGAAAGUGUCGAAACUGAAAGUUAUAUUCAGAAUUUAUACGAGAAAAGAUCCGGACUACGUAAAGUUUUUUACGAGAUUACUUGUUUACUUAAUCCUAGUCAAGAAUUAAUUCAGGAUUUGAUUCUCUUACAUGUCUUAAACGUAUAUCAUAAAGAAGAGAUUCAGCUAAAGCAAAAACCGAAAGAGAAGGCUGAUGUUCUUCUUCAAAUCCUACUUAGGCGAUGUCACCAAAUAGAAUCUUUUAUAUCGUGCCUUCACAAGCACAAACUUGCUAAUCUAGCAUUUCGUAUUAUGAAAAGUAUAAAACUGUCAUCAACCGAUAGGAAAUUAGGUAUAUUAUUGGAAGAAUCCGAAAUUUAG